ACCGCAACGGAGGCACGUUGGGAAUCCUUAGCCGCUAAACCGAUGUAUUAUGCAAUUUUAUAAUAAUAUUUAGGUUAAGAUAACUAAGGAUGAGUCCGUAGAUAAGGAGUCGAAGGACUUGAUCCUUGUGCACGUGGCGGAGGGCGAUAGGGCUGGGUCGCAUAUGUGUUUUGUUUUGGAAAAAAAAAAUCAUUCAACCGAAGCCGAGGAAAAAAAAACAAAGCUCUCGACGAAAAGGCGAUAUCGUUGUGGUUCCUCGAUCGUGUUCUUCCACGAAGAUCCAAGGUCAACCAACCAUGGGACAAGACUAUAGCUACAGCCAGCCUUCUUCAUCUUCGGAGUUUGACACGACCUCCCUACUCUUAGCAGAAGCUGAAGCCUACGCGGAUGAAGCUGAGAGUACCUACACAAUUGAAGAGCCGGUUCAGUACCCACUGCAACCUGAGGCAGAUGAAGGCAUCCCGACGACAUGCUAUUGUGGUGCUGAGCCAGUUGUUGAAACUUCGUACACUCCUAGAGAUCCAGGCAGAAGGUACUUCUCGUGCGUCAACGUUGACGAUGGAGACUGUCACAUUUGGAAGUGGUGGGAUGUGGCUAUCAUGGAGGAGAUGCGUGACGCUCAGAGAAAAAUCAGGCUGCUCAAGGAUCAAUUCUUUGAGACUGACCAGAAGGUAGCAAAGCUAGAGAAGACCGUUGGUUUGUUACGUAAGAAGAAUUCAAGGGUUGCAAAGGGAGUUUGUCUACUGGUCAUGGUAAUAACGGUCUUGAUUUUGUGCUGGAAGAGCUUUAGAGGAUUUAAGCCACAACGUCUCAACUCGAGAUUGUCUUGCCAGGUACGAUCUUGCUGCUGCUUAAUAAAAACCAGCAGUUGGUCGGGAGCAUUGACUGUAUGCAUUGGGAGUGGAAAAAUUGCCCAACCGCUUGGAAAGGACAGUAUGCACGUGGAUAUCAAAACCGACAAUUGUCCUAGAGGCUGUAGCUUCACAAGAUCUUUGGAUCUGGCACGCCUUUUUUGGUCCUCCAGGUACAUUAAAUGAUAUUAAUGUCCUCGAUCGGUCUCCUGUAUUUGAUGAUAUUUUAGAAGGUCGAGCUCCCAGGUUAAGGUAUGUGGUCAACGGACACAUGUAUAAGUUGGCAUACUACCUCACAGACGGUAUAUAUCCCAAAUGGUCAACAUUUAUCCAAUCUAUCACACUCCCUCAAUCUCCGAAACAAGAGUUAUUUGCUAAAGUGCAAGAAGCAGCCCGAAAAGAUGUGGAGCGGGCUUUUGGAGUAUUGCAAGCUCGAUUUGGGAUUGUGAAAAACCCGGUUCGUACAUUGGACAAAGAAAAGAUAGGGAAGAUUAUGAGAGCGUGUAUCAUACUACACAAUAUGAUAGU